GCAGGGCGCGGGCGGGAGAGCCCACACCGCCUGGGUAUCGGGUUGGCCAGGCCGACUCAAGUCCUCUCUCGGACUCGCCGGUCGUGGGGAGUAGAGACCGGGAUGGGACACGCCCCCCUCUGGGGGCACUCAGGGAAGUUAUCUAACCCGGGGGCAGGGAGCCCCGAAUUUGAGAGUGACCUGACAUAACCCGGCACCAGAGUGAUUGUUCUGAAUGAGACACGAGGGCCUGGGGAGGCAACCGUUUCUGAGAAGCUCUGAAAAACAUCUCGAGGAAAGCUCCCCAAAAACAUUUCUGGACAACAGAGCACCCCAAUUAUGACACCUCUAAACAGCAUGGGGAAGGUGACAGUAGAAACUGAAUAAUCUUUGCGUCUGCGACCAUCGUUUCCCCUAAAAUUUUAAGGCCAGGGUAUAAUAUCCCAGGGGAGCUCUAAAAACUGGGAAACUAGUGAAUGAGGUUGUGGAGUGAGGAGAGGUGUUAGGGAGAGGAGAGCAAGGCACCAGAGUUGAGAGGGCUGGAGUCAGGAAUCUGGUGCCCCAGGUGUCUCAGGGAUUUAAACUUGAGGGCGAAGCUGCUUGAACUCAGGACAGAAAAAUAGGCAAAAAUGGGUAAGGAUUCUCAGCAUUCAUAACCUCCUCCUGUCCUAUUCCUGGUUAGCCCCCCCCCCCAGGAUGCAAUGGCGCAGCCCCCCCGGCUGAGCCGCUCUGGUGCCUCCUCGCUUUGGGACCCAGCUUCCCCUGCUCCCACCUCAGGCACCAGACCUCGACUCUGGGAGGGUCAAGAUGUGUUGGCCAGAUGGACUGAUGGGCUGCUAUACUUGGGGACCAUCAAGAAGGUGGACAGUGCUCGGGAAGUGUGUCUGGUCCAAUUUGAGGAUGAUUCCCAGUUUCUGGUUUUAUGGAAAGACAUUAGCCCUGCUGCCCUCCCUGGGGAGGAACUCCUCUGCUGUGUUUGUCGCUCUGAGACUGUGGUCCCUGGGAACAGGCUGGUCAGCUGUGAGAAGUGUCGCCAUGCUUAUCACCAGGACUGCCACGUUCCGAGGGCGCCAGCCCCUGGAGAGGGAGAGGGUCCAUCUCCCUGGGUCUGCCGCCAGUGUGUCUUUGCCAUUGCCACCAAGAGGGGGGGUGCCCUGAAAAAGGGGCCCUAUGCCCGGGCCAUGCUGGGCAUGAAGCUCUCUCUGCCAUAUGGACUAAAGGGACUAGACUGGGAUGCUGGACAUCAGAGCAAUCGGCAGCAGAGCUACUGUUAUUGUGGCGGCCCUGGGGAGUGGAACCUGAAAAUGCUGCAGUGCCGGAGCUGCCUGCAGUGGUUCCAUGAGGCCUGUACCCAGUGUCUGAGCAAGCCCCUCCUCUAUGGCGACAGGUUCUAUGAGUUUGAAUGCUGUGUGUGUCGGGGGGGCCCUGAGAAGGUCCGGAGGCUUCAGCUUCGCUGGGUGGAUGUGGCCCAUCUCGUCCUGUAUCACCUCAGUGUUUGCUGUAAGAAGAAAUACUUUGAUUUUGAUCGAGAGAUUCUCCCCUUCACUUCUGAGAAUUGGGACAGUUUGCUCCUGGGGGAGCUGUCAGAUACCCCCAAGGGAGAACGUUCUUCCAAGCUCCUCUCUGCUCUCAACAGCCACAAGGACCGUUUCAUUUCAGGGAGGGAGAUUAAGAAGAGGAAAUGUUUGUUUGGUCUCCAUGCUCGGACCCCUCCCCCGGUGGAGACCACUGGAGAUGGAGCCCCCACCAGCUUCCCUUCAGGGCAGGGCCCUGGGGGAGGGGUCUCACGUCCCCUGGGGAAGCGCCGGAGGCCGGAGCCAGAGCCAGAGCCCCUGAGGCGGAGGCAGAAGGGAAAAGUGGAGGAGCUGGGGCCACCCUCGGCAGUGCGCAAUCACCCCGAGCCCCGGGAGCAGAGGGAGCGGGCUCGUCUGCAGAGGGCGCUGCAGGCCUCAGUGUCUCCACCACCCCCCAGCCCUAACCAGAGUUACCAGGGCAGCAGCGGCUACAACUUCCGGCCCACAGACGCCCGCUGCCUGCCCAGCAGCCCCAUCCGGAUGUUCGCUUCCUUCCAUCCCUCUGCCAGCACCGCAGGGACCUCUGGGGAUGGAGAACCCCCAGAUAGGUCACCCCUGGAACUUCACAUUGGUUUCCCCACAGACACCCCUAAAAGUGUCCCCCACUCGAUGGCUGCCUCAUCCUCCUCAGUGCCAGCUCCCUCCCCAGGUCUUCCUAGACGCUCAGUACCCCCUUCUCCCCUUUGCCGUAGCUUGUCUUCUGGGACUGGGGGAGGAGCCCGAGGUGGGGCUGGCACUGGCUACCUAUCCCGAGGGGACCCUGUCCGGGUCCUUGCUAGGAGAGUACGGCCGGAUGGCUCUGUGCAGUACCUGGUUGAGUGGGGAGGAGGGAGCAUCUUCUGAACAGCCUCUCUCUGCCCAGCUCCCCAUUCACACAAACCGGCACUUUCAUACCCUGACCUCACCUGCAGCUGGGAUGUACCUGAGGAGGUAGGGGGUUAGUUCUCCCUACUGCCCAGGCUGGAAUCUGGAUUGGGGUGUGGAGAAGAGGCUCCCUCUUCUCUACCUCUUUCCUGAUUCCUGGACCCCACCCCCACCCCAUCCUUUUUUCCCAUUUGAUGUUAUUUUGUUACAGCUUUUAAUAUUUUUUAAAAUUAUUUAACCCCUGGGGGCGGAGACUGAGGGGGGGGGAUAAUAAGGGAUCCCGGACUCUGUAUGAUUGAAAUAAAGAGAAUUAAGCAAA